UCCCAACUCAGAGUCGUUUUAGCCGCGCUACCAAUUGGACGUCAAUUGUCGCGCUCGCGUUCUUAGCAUAUCCCAACUAUUGCCACUUUACCGUUUCGCCGCCUCGCCGCGUCCUGCCCAAAAACAUUACAAGCCGAAGCCUUUGUACACACUGCUCGUGUGUGUGUAUGUGAGUGAGUGUGAGUGUGUGUGUGCUUCGUGCGUCUCUUGAGCUUGCAAAAUCUUUGUAAAGUGAAACGUGAAAUAACUCAUUUUGGCCCACUGCCAAUUUUGUUUCAUUUUAUUUUUAAUAUUCAAGUGAAACAGUGUGAAUUUUGAACCAUUGUUGCGCACCAACUAGCAAAGAUGGGCAAAGCGGAAUGCAUUAGCUACGAUGACAACCAUGUGCCAUACAUUGAUCUGGGCAGUGCGCGGAUACGCAUGGAAAAGGAGCAGGCGCCCGACUGGGCCCUACAAAAGGCACAAGACGAGCUGCGCGAGCUGCCCGGCAUUAAGGAGCAGGCCAUCAAGGAGCUGAGAGAGCUGAUACAAAAUGAGAAGCACCUGACCUUGCCACUGGAUGAUGAGUAUAUGAUGAUGUUUUUGCGUCCUUGCCAUUAUUAUCCCGAGAGCGCGCUGAAGAGACUUAAGAACUUCUACAACAUGAAGUCCAAGUAUGGCAUCGCCUGUGAGAACAUUGUGCCAUCGAAGCUGAAGAACGUGUUCGAGAGCGAGAUCUUAAAUCUGCUGCCCAAUCGAGAUCAGCAUGGUCGUCGGAUACUCGUGCUGGAAGCGGGCAAAAAGUGGAAGCCAUCGAAGGUGCCGCUUGUGGAUCUGUUUCGCGGCAUACAGCUCACCGUGCUGGGCUCCAUGGUGGAGCCAUUUUCACAAAUUUGUGGUGCCGUUGUCAUAAUUGAUAUGGAAGGUAAUAAAGCGCGAGUUUAUUGUGUUAACGGCACACCGGUUAACGACCCAUUAACACAUUUUAACGUCUCUAUUGCUGCAGGUCUGCCGUUGAGCCACAUAACUCAGUUCACGCCAUCGUUUGCCGCCAUGCUGUUGGAUUACGUUCAGGAGUGCAUUUGCAUGCGCCUGAAGGCCGUUCACAUUGUCAACAAUUCGUACAUCUUCAAUAUGCUCUUUGCCAUUUUCAAGCCCUUCAUUCGCGAGAAGCUGCGCAAGCGCAUCUUCUUCCAUGGCAAGGACUGGAAGGCGUUAACGUCGCACAUUGAUGCCAGUGUCUUGCCGCCCAAAUAUGGAGGCACUGCCACAUGGGAGCUGCCGCCCGGCCCGCUGCUCGGCGAGUUCUUUGACUGCUACUCGAAGGACUAUGAACAGGCCGACAGUUAUGGCUAUGAUGAGGGCUACAAGAUGUCAAAGAAAUAAUUUUAAUAUCUCUGUCAUACCUCAUUUUUGUUUGUAUCGUAUUUUAUAUCAAUAAGUUGGGUCAUUUGUGAUAUUGCAAAUAUUGUUGUACUUUUGUAAUUUGUAGUUAUUUUCUCUAGAGUAUUCGCACAGAACAACGGAAGCCUAACUAGGGUUUUUUUUUUGCUAAGGUUUAUUGUACUAUAUAGCUUAAGUAUAUCUGUCUUAUGUGCAUAUGUAUGUAUGUUUGUAUACGUUUAUUGUAAUGAUUGCUGAAGUUGACGAAAUAAAAAUCAAAAUUUUGUUACCCAUUAAA